AUGAAACGAAGAGAGCGUAGUUGGAUGUAUGAUAGGCGUGAGGGACGCUUUCUCAAGACUGAGUUUGUGAUUGGAGUUCGAGGUUUUAUUGAAUUCGCACAACAAAAUCAUAAAUUCAAAGACGCUGAUAAAAUAAGAUGUUCAUGCUUUCGGUGUAAUAACAAACGAUUCUUUGAUGUUGACAUUGUUAGAGAACAUCUUUAUAAAAAAGGAUUUUGUCAUAACUAUUUUGAUUGGCUAUGUCACAGGGAAACUGUUGACGAAACCCCAUCGGAGCCAUCAAAUCCUUAUCGAGACAUGAUUGUUGAUGCUCUUGGACAUAAUGAAGAAAAUCCAAACAAUGAGCAAAUAAAUAAUGUCCAAGAAGAGCCAAAUGACGAAGCUAAGAAAUUUUUUGAGCUCCUUAAAGCUGCCGAUAGCCCGUUGUACGCAAGGAGCAAAGUAUCUGUCUUGGAGAUGGCAUCAAGAAUAAUAUCUUUGAUGUGUGAGUACAAUUUACCACACAGAUGUGUUGAUGGAUUUGCAUCUUUAUUGAAUGAAGUGAUUCCAAAUAACAACCAAAUGAGUACAACGUUCUAUGAUACUAAGAAAGUUCUUAAAGGCUUACAACUCCCACAUGAGAAGAUACAUGCAUGUCGUAACGGUUGUAUGCUAUUUUGGAAAGGCGAUGCACAUUUAAUGAAGUGUAGUUUAUUAUGUGAGUGUGAUCGCUACAAGAAGACUCCUAAAGGCAAGCUUAUUCCAGAAAAGGUCCUAACAUAUUUUCCUAUCAAAUCCCGAUUGCAAAGGCUUUAUGCGACAAAGAAUAUUUCAGAGAAAAUGACAUGGCAUGCCAAAAAGCCUCGGGUUCCGGGUACUAUAGAACAUCCUAGUGAUAGUGAGGCGUGGAAGCAUUUUGAUACCACUUUUCCUGAUUUUGCCUUUGAGACACGUAAUGUUCGAUUAGGUUUGUGCACUGAUGGCUUUUCACCCUUUGGUAAGUUCGGAGGACAAUAUUUUUGUUGGCCUGUAAUUCUUACUCCAUAUAAUUUGCCUCCAUCAAUGUGUAUGAAAAAGCCUUUCAUGUUCCUCUCUCUACUAGUUCCCGGUCCUAAGAAUCCAAAGGGUAAUUUAGAUGUCUACAUGCAACCAUUAAUUGAAGAGCUCAAACAAUUGUGGGAGAUUGGUGCUAUGACUUAUGAUAUUUCACAUAAACAAAACUUCAUGCUUCAUGCAGCACUUCUGUGGACUGUAAGUGAUUUUCCUGCAUAUAGUAUGUUGUCUGGAUGGGCUACUGCUGGAAAAAAGGCUUGUCCAUAUUGUAUGGAAGAAACUAAGGCAUUUUGGCUUGAUAAUGGCAAUAAAGUCUCAUGGUUUGAUUGCCACAGGAAGUUUCUUCCACAUGAUCACCCUUUUCGUAAAAAUAAAACAGCUUUUCGCAAAAACAAAGUGGAAAAUGGCAUGGUUCCAGCUAUGAUGUCCGGAGAUGAUAUGUGGCAAUGUGUGAAAGACUUGCCUAAAGCCACUGAUGGCCCUGAAGCUCUUAAUUAA